AUAGCGUCUAUGUUCUUGAAGUUUCCAGAAAAUUUUUCGAACGUCGGCAAGGAGGUGCGCGGUUGCAUAAAUAGUUCCGCGACUUCCUAAGGGAGUUUUCAUAAGUGUGUAUUGGUGAAAAGAAGUUUGAUCGUUUCUUCGAACAAAAUAACCCGAUAUCGAAAUUAACAUUUAUUUUUUCAUCAUAUAUCAUUUAAGUUCUCUGAUAGAUGUAACGACGAUUUAAUCAUAAUUAAAUGUAGAACUAUUAAAAAAAAAAAAAAAAGAAAAAAGAAAAAAGAGGAAAAAAACGCUAGUCUCGUAUACAUACAAUUGCCUUGUUACGCUUUAGAGCCAAUUGCUUUUGAGCAUUAAUUAAUAACCAGAUGAUCAUCGAAUUAACAAAAUAUAGAUCUAAUGAUUCCUAUGUCGUCAAUGUUGUUCAAUGACUUGUAAAAUAUCACUGUAUUCUAUAUAAAUAAAAAACACAGUAGCUGUAUACAAUUUUAAUACUUCUUUAUUUAGUUGACUCCUAUUGCUUUACUUUAGUUUUAUAAGAAUGGCAAAGUGGGGAGAAGGUGAUCCGCGUUGGAUCGUAGAAGAAAGACCAGAUGCCACCAACGUGAAUAAUUGGCAUUGGACUGAAAAAAAUGCUUGUGCCUGGUCUCAAGAAAAGAUCAAGGAUCUUUUCACGAAUCUAAAUAUCGAUGGCAAUGGAGUAUCGUGUAAAGUGUCGGAAAUAGAAAAAUGUGAAGGAGAAGCUGUAGCAAAUAAUAGAAAAGGAAAACUUAUUUUCUUUUAUGAAUGGAAUAUUGUGCUUAAAUGGACAUCUCUUGGAAAAUCAAAUAAAAACAUUGAAGGCAAAAUUAACAUUCCAAAUCUCUCGGAAGAAAACGACAUAUCUGAAGUAGAUAUUGAAAUCACAUUGAAAGAUAGCACAGAUGAAGGUGAAAAAGUAAAACAUUUCUUACAUACGAAAGGGAAAGAUAUAAUAAGGGAAAGCUUAAAGAAAUAUGUGUCAUCUCUAAAAGAAGAAUUCACAAAAGGAAUGAUACUUCCAAAAAAAGAUAAUAUAAAUGACAAUAUUACAAACAUAACAUCCGGGUUUAAUGUUAAAAUGCAAAUGAAUACUGCUCCUAUACAAGCCAAACAAAAUAAUGUAUUAGGAUAUAAAAUUUCAACUACAACUAUAAAACAACAACAGAAGUUCCAGUGUAGAGCUGAAGAAUUUUACAAUGUGUUCACAACGCUAGAGAUGGUUCAGGCAUUUACAAAAGGACCGGUAAAACUUGAACCGAAGAAGCAUGGAAAGUUCGAAUUAUUCGGUGGAAAUAUAUAUGGAGAAUUUCUUGAAGUUUCUCUGACGAAGAUAGUACAAAAAUGGCGCUGCAAACAGUGGCCAUCGGGACAUUUUAGCGAAGUAACUAUCGACAUUUGUGAAAAGAAUGAUCAUACAGAAGUCAAUCUAACUCAAAUCGACGUUCCCACGAGCGAAGAAGAAUCAACGAAAGAGAAUUGGGAAAGGUAUUAUUGGGAUGCUAUAAAGCGAACAUUCGGAUUCGGAUACUUCAUGUGAUCUAAGUUCGUCCUAACGAAUAUUUAUUUAUUGAUAAGUAGAACAAUUGCGAAUCGCACGCAAUCGCCCUUUGUAUACUGUCACGCGCGUAUUCGCUUCUACGGGGUUCUAGAAGGAACGGCGGGUCGAAAUUUAAAAGAAAAUUAAAUUCGUACCCAAAUAUAAAGGACUCGUCGCUGCUCUGUAUUUUCAUUGUACGGCCGUACCGUCUAUACAUUGCAUUAAAAAGAGAGAAAAAUGAUAAGAAAAGAAAAGGAAAGAAAAGAAAAUAGAAAAACAACAACAACAGAAAUAAGAAACUAUACUAUUGCGAUCGUGAUGAUAUUACCUGAAAUGGAAAUGUACGCCAUUAUUGAUGAUGCAUGUGUAUCUAAAUAAAAGAAGAAAGGAAAAAUCUGAAA